AUGUUCAUAUCAUCCUACCUCAAGCUGAAUUCAGAUGAUCUGCUAACUGGAGAUGAAUGGGCUUGCACGUGCAGUGGACAUGCAAAUAUUUGUCACAUGCAAACAGGAAAAUGUUUUUGUGCAACUAAAGGAAUCAAAGGAGACCAAUGUCAACUCUGUGACUCUGAAAACAGGUACCUCGGAAAUCCACUCAGGGGAACGUGUUACUACAGCCUUUUGAUUGACUACCAGUUUACCUUCAGCUUAUUACAAGAAGAUGAUCGCCACUUCACUGCCAUAAACUUUAUAGCAAACCCUGAACAGUCAAACAAAAAUUUGGAUAUAUCAAUUAAUGCUUCAAACAACUUUAACCUCAAUAUUACAUGGUCUAUUGGUUCUACAGCAGGAACAAUAUCUGGAGAAGAGAUUCCUGUUGUUUCCAAGACUAAUAUCAAGGAAUUUACAGAUAGCUUUUCUUAUGAAAAAUUCAACUUUCGGAGUAACCCAAACAUCACCUUCUAUGUGUAUGUCAGCAAUUUUUCGUGGCCAAUCAAAAUACAGGUUUCGUUUUCACAGCACAACACCAUCAUGGAUCUCGUGCAGUUCUUUGUCACCUUCUUCAGUUGUUUUUUGUCCUUACUGCUGGUGGCUGCUGUCGUUUGGAAGAUCAAACAAACCUGUUGGGCUUCUCGACGGAGAGAGCAACUUAUGCGGGAGCGACAGCAGAUGGCCAGCCGUCCCUUUGCUUCUGUCGAUGUAGCACUGGAAGUAGGAGCUGAGCAAACAGACUUUCUACGAGGGCCAUUAGAGGGCUCUCCUAAACCAAUUGCCAUUGAGCCUUGUUCAGGAAACAAAGCAGCAGUCCUUACUGUAUUUUUAUGUCUACCGAGAGGAUCGUCAGGAGUCCCACCCCCUGGUCAAUCAGGUCUUGCAAUUGCAAGUGCAUUGAUAGACAUUUCCCAACAGAAGCCUGCAGACUGUAAAGAUAAGAGUUCAGGGGUCAGAAAUCGAAAGCAUCAUCUUUCAACACGUCAAGGAACUUGUGUGUGAGGUCCAGAAAAUGCACUUGUACAGUCUGUAAUGUUUUCCUUUUAAAUGGCUUCCAUUGAAAGCUAUACUACAGCCUCAGUUUUUCUGGAGGCAGACCUAUGGAUUAUGAUGAUGAAGAUGAUGAUGAUAAGUAAUGCGUUCUAUUAUAUUCACACUUGCAGCCUGCUAUUCCCCACAGCAGAACAAUCUUAUGGCAAAUAUAAGUCUAUUUGAUGAGUUUGUUUAGAAAUAAAUGAAAUACUUGUCUCAAUGCUGAGUAUUUAUUGGGGUGGGUUGGGCAUUGAGUACAUCUAGGAAAGACUACACAUUGUUUUGUAAUGUAGAAGGAAAUUGUAUAAUUGAAAACUAAACUAUUCACAGGACACUAAAAGACAUUUUUGUAGAGCUUAGUGUAAUGAUGAGAAUUGUACGGUUUUCUUCUCUUAAUUGGUGUUAAAAUACCCUACAGAAAGCGGGAACUGAAGAUGCUGAUGUGGAUUUAAGGGUUAUUUUAUCAUUGCCCAAAUCUGAAGGUAGAUUUUGAAUUAAGCCGUAUGUAGGUGUAGCCAAGCAAAAGAGCAAAGAUAUAUUUUGAUGAUCGUAUCAUAUUAAAAACCUGAUUAAAGCAUAUCAUGUUUUUUUUUUACCUUCUGAAAGGCCCUGACAUACAAUCUGGGAUACAUCAGGAUGAUGGGUGGAUUUCAGUAUUUCACUUCAUAAGAAGUUCAUUAGAAUUCUGACCGACAUGUAUUGUAAAGAGUAUAUGUUGGUCUUCCAUACCAACUAAUUAUCAUAGCUGAUUGAGCAUGGAAAAUUCUAUCCUUUCCGAAAGCUAUCUCCAAGAUUUCAAGCCUAAGGAGAGUUUAACUUACUGUUACUUUGAAGUAGUAUACCUGCUUCUGCUUCAAUACUGUAAUAUUCUAAAGUGACUGUAAAUCAUUGUCCUCACCUCCCAGCAAAUAGGUUGCACCUCAAAUAGCACAUGGACCCAUCCAUAAUAACAGUAAAUAAUAAAUUAUGAUCUUCCCCUGACCUUCCUUUUCCAGCUGCAGAAUUUCAUCUGAUCUUCACUCUCAUCCUUUUUAAAGAAAUAUCCUGCAUACAAAAUUCAUAUAAUAAACUUCCAAAAGCCAGCUUGAUUCCAACAGUGGUUCUGAUAUCAUCCAUCCAAUAUGGGACCUCACCAAAUCAAUGCUCAACAACAACAAAAAAGCUAACAGAAAAGCAUCCUCUCUAGUAGGCAUUAGUCUAACAAGCUUUGAGGAACUUGUUCACCAUUGUAAAAACUCCAGUAAACAGCUUCAUAUGGCCCACCUCGCUGUAUUUUCGGUUAGUUAUAAUUCUGAAAUACAGCAAAAGAAAAAGAGACUGUUAAAGGGGGGAAGUAGCAGAUGGGUCUUAUUCUCAUUUAUGCAUUAAACGUUGAUGAUGGUUUAUGUGAAACCAAUAGUUUUGUUAGCUCUUGCUCAGAAGUGAAGUUUAUCACCUCCACGGUUGCCAAGGUGCUAAUGUAGGAGACAGCCACAGAGGUAUAAAUGCCUCUUGUAUAUGAUAGAGUUUUGGUAAAUAUGAAAGAUAUAAAAAUAUAAUUGAUGUUUACUACUAUAGCUGUAUUUUUCAUUUUCUUUUUUAUUUCAGGAAGGUGAUGACAUUUUACUGUUUGCAGUUGACUACAUAGUUACUUGCAUGCCAUGGUGGUGCAGUUGCAGUAAUAAAGCCCUGUUGUGAGUUGAUAGUGUUUAUUUUGUAAUGCCAUUCAUACAGAAAACUAUUCCACUUAAUUUGGAUGAAGACUGAAUGUAAAAAUUAAAUAAAUAUUAAAAACAAUGGUUGUAUAGGAUUAUUAGGUUGCAUUUUACCAUGACUGCUUUAUUAUUUUGACAAAUUGUGCAUUUAUGAAUUAUGCUAUAAUUAUUCCUUAGCUGGCAUGAUUGUUUCAGUAUUUUCCUAUCUUAAAAUAUGACUGAUUCUUAAGCUAAAAUAAUGCCAUUAUGAUAUUGUGUUUUUAUUGACUAUCCUUAUUUCUUAAAACCUAAGAUUCAUUUUGAAAGAUUCUUUUGUGAAUUUUCAGUCAAUGCUACUUAAAACCUGGAAAAAAGAGUCUUCUGAAAAUAGCUCCUUCUGUCAGUUUUUAUGCGGAACUGCUUGAGGGAAAAUAAGCCAGUAGAACUGGUAUGCAUAGUGAAUUAGCCAUUCAAAAAGAAAGGAAAAAUAAACCACUUGUCUGGAAUUUUUCCCUAAUUCUGUAAUAUCUUUCUGUUGAAACAUUACACAUGAAACAUAUACAUUUCUUUGUGUGUACCUGAGACCCAUGGUACACAGGGCAUGUAUUCUACAGAGCGAUUUCUCUGUCUGAAAUCCCCAAGUGGGAAUUGCAUCUACCUGUAGUAACCUGGAGUUUGAUGUUACUUGAAAAGUAAAUUUAAGUUUAAAUGAAUUAUGAUGUUUAUUGUAGCACUUGAGAUGGGCAGAUAUUCAUUAGGCAUUUUAUAAAGUUAUCAGUUAAAAACAUGUUGUUUUUAUUGUUCAGGUAAGGUAUCAGUGUCAUGGGGUCAUUCAACAUGUGCAUUAUAUUCAGAGUAUUUUUUCUACCACUUCCAUGAUCAUUCUUCUCCCAGGCUCCCUGCAUACAAAUUAGUAAAAGUAAAUGCAUUAAAGAGAAAUAUUAAUGUAAUGGUCACCAUUAAAUGGAAGUUUGCAACAGGAAUCAAACCACAUUAUCUGUGUAACUGUGGUUACUUUGUUUUAGGUCUAUGAAAAUACUGAUGUAUCUCAGUGCCACACUGUGCCAGUUAUUGGCAAAUACUGACUCUUAACGGUGACCACUGUACACUAGGUGACAGAUAUUCUCAUUUGCUUUAUGCUCAAGAAUGUUCAGUGCUUUGCUCCCAGAAUAUUUUUGAACUCUUGAUCAAAUUCAGAAAAUGUUGAUUGACCCUUUGUAACUUUAGUGUGAUUUAUGUUGGACUAAGAAUACCAAGCUAAAAAUUGAUCUGAAUAGUGGCCCUGUGGUGAAAUUCUGACCAUCAGGAUUCGAUAUCUGUAUAUAUUUUCUUUGCAAACCAGUCAUUGAUACUUCUAGGGGGAAAUUCACAGCUAUAAAUUACUGUUCAAAGCAAAGUAACAGAUAUAUUGCAUACUGUGGCAUGGGUGAACCAAUCUCUCCAUUUCUCAUGUGUGUGUGGGUACCCUCUCAUGAAGCUACUUGAAUAUAGUCUGUGUAAAUAAGUUACACUUCAGAAUGCAAUGAGUUCUAGUAAUUAUAUUUCUUUGUAAGAGACAGAUUUAUAUCUUUAACUGGGCAAGUUCAGAUUUAGAUCUGACUGCAUUUUUUUUCACAGUGGGGCCCUCUAUUUAUAUAGUAGAACCAAAAAUGUAGAACAUUGGAAAAGUUUGGAUCUUGAUAUAUAGAGUCUGAUGUAUAAAAUCAGCAGCAAUGAUUAAUUUUCCAAACAAUUUACACUGUAGGUCUGGAAUCCUGAGGGUAAGAAUUUUGGGAUCACUUUAACAAUGGUUCAAUUUUUAAGCCUAAUAACUUUGACAGUAUUCCUUUAGAUUAUACGGUCAGUAUGUAUUUAAUUUGAUUACCAGUUGUUGUUUUUUUAAAACCACCUGAAGGGUUUCUGGACAAUAAAGGUAAAGUCUCUGUUAAA